AUGUCGUCCAUGCGCGCCCUCAUAUCUCUCCAGCUCCGAACCCUUCUCCGGCCGCAAGUCCUUCGUGCUUCGCCGAGAUUCAUGCGAAUCCAGACCGCCGCGUUAUCAUCGGCCAUCUCAGAUGCUAUCAUCCAGGACCACCGCGAGCUGGAAAAGUACUACAAUGAGGUCAUAAACUCUACCGACCAUGACCAUCAGCAACGUUUUAGGAACCAGUUCGUCUGGGAACUCAUGCGUCACUCCAUCGGCGAGGAGCUGAUCAAGGAACUUCUCAAAGAAUUCCAGAACAUGAAAUCCACGGAUCCAGACUACGUGCCGAAGCUCAAGGAACUCUGGGCCCCGCUCUGGCAGCACAUCCAGGAGGAGGAGAGGCUUGAUUUGCCGGCUCUUGAACAGUCGCUCAAGGCCCAGGGUGAGGAGAUGGAGUUUUUGGCGAGAAGGUUCGACCACACAAAGAAAUUUGUGCCGACACGCAGCCAUCCCAGGGCAGGCGAGAAGCCACCGUUCGAGACUGUCAUGGGUCUCAUGGCCGCGCCUAUGGACAAGUUGGCUGAUAUGCUGCGCAAGUUUCCAGACCAGAGCAAGCUAUGA